GCUAAUAUGCCACCGUGUGACAAAGUGAUUCUUUCUUUUUUCUUCAUUUGGGUUUUUACAUUGGAUAAUAUUUUUGCAAACGAGAGAACAUGUACACUGGUUUUGAACGAAGAAGGGGACUUUGAGCAGAUUGAAAUGAAGUCCAAUAAUUUUACAGGACUCUCAAAUAAGGGAACCAUUGUAUCGUUAUCCCGAGAACCAUGUGUCAACAACUCCACCAUACACCUGACCAUCUUACCAGAAGAUAUCAAAGUGCUGACUUUCUCAAAAAAGAGCCAGGCUAAGUUGACGCUGAAUAUUCGCUAUACACUAGCGUUUUUUCGCAACUCCAGCCGCCUACAGACACUUCAGCGGUCCGUGCUGCUGACCCGGUCAAGAGAGUUUAAACAACUGACUUGCUGGCUGCCAAUAUCAGUCCUCGAUCAUCUUCAUGUUGCCAUCAAUGUCACGGUUGCCGGGGAGGAAUAUAACACAGUUGUCAGUUCAACGUUAGAUGCUAUGGACCAAGCCAUCACUUGUAAAGAGGGGUGCAAGUCUGAUGACAUUAUGUUCAACACAUCCUACCUGUGCUCGAAAAAUGGAACAUUCAAUCACAAGCAGUCGGCACGAGUAUUACGCGUUUCAUUCACACCAUUAGACAAAGGUCAAACUACACUUAAACACUGGUCGGUUGUCUCGUAUCGACAACUAAAUGCAGACCUCUACUGCUAUGUGUACAGUGACAUCAGAAUAGUUUGUGAUCACGUGACGUCAAAAUCCGAUCCAUAUGACGAAACCGAAUCCUUUGGGAUGUUUGUGAUAUUUGGUCUUAUCGUGAUGACUUGUUUAACAGCCAUCCUCGCUCUCAUCAUAUUUGUCGUGCAGAAACUAAUGGGACUUCAUCGUGCGUAUAAAAAUAGAAGAGAAAGCACCCCCAAAGAACGUCGCCGCCUAUCCAGUCUUCUAUGCCACUUGAAGACAGAUGAGGUUAUCAGAAACUCAAUCCUUAAUAUGCACAAGAUAGUCUCUGAGCCCGAGGCCCAGCCACUGCGAGGCCAUGGUAACGGAACUUCCAGUGAACGUGAGACCAGCUUCCUGAGGAAUUCCAUACACAAGAGUUCACACAACAGGAUAGCAAGACGAUUCGUGAGCAGAAGAUCUUUGCCAAGAAUGAUGAUAUCAGACAAUGCCACAACCUAUCAAGCUGCCACCAAUCAAAUACGGGGACAUCUCAAUGUCUACAAACAGCAAUUGUACAGCAAGGGACACAGUGGCAGUUCAUCCCAAAACGAGCACCUUGGUAUGGAGGAUGGUGGAAGCGUCUCCAUUGCUUUUCAAAUGCUUCAGACUGUCGUAACAGAAGUGGAGGCUAUGAUAAACGACCGGCCGCUUAAGUACGUGUCUUCAUCUAGAGAUGACCCGGAACCGCGCACUCCUUCACACUUAUUGCACGGACGAAGAUUGCCCAGUUUACCGUUUGCCAACACAGAGGUUAACAACACAGUCUUUAAUUGUGACCGGGAUGAUGUUACAAGUCGAUCGAAACGACACGCUCAUCUACUUGACCACUACUGGCGCCGAUGA